UAUUGUAAGGAGUGGUUUGUUAUACUAAACUGAAUAAUGGACGUGUUAUGUUUACGAAUAUUUAGACUGUGAAAAGAUUGGUUAUUUUCUUGUAUUCCUUAUUUCGAUAUUUGUAGAUGUGCACUUACAUGUAAUAUUCGUAAAAAAAAUAUCAACAUUUGGUGUUAUUUAUCUGAUAUUUGGAUAUUUUCUGUAGUUAUCAGACAUACCGACUGUCUAUGGGGAAUUAAUUACCAUUAGAAAUGGCUUCGAAGAAAAAGAAAUUGAUUGCUUGUGGUUGUUAAUACUGUGCUAAUGUUUGUUAAGACUGCACCGUUUGCUUGCAGCAGAAAGAUUAAUUAUUCCUGUGUGGUUAAGACUAUUUGUGAAGGAAUUCUUAUUUAGAUAAAACAUUAUGAUCAACCAAUGUCUGUUUAUUAUUUUGGUUGUAACAUUUUUGCACAGUAUUCAUUCCCAAAGAGAAUGUCCGGGUUCUAACUUUGGAACAGGAUGUCGUUUGGAGUGCCAUUGCAAAGAUAAAGCAUCUUGUAAUGAAAUACAAGGAACGUGUCCUAACCAAUGUGCUGCUGGUUGGUCAGGUCCGGUAUGCCAGAGGCAGAAUUUAGGAUAUUUAUCACAAGUGGAAGUACGGCAUCUUGAUGAUGAUGGUGCAGAAGUAGUUGAUGAAGAUGAAACAACAUGUAUCAGUUCACCUAAACCUAACAGGACAGGCUGGCUGAAGGUUGAUUUAGGAUCAUCACACCGAAUAUACAGUAUGAAAUUAAUAGCAGGCCCCGGUAUCUCCAUUCAAAACUGGAAAAUUCACGUAACAGAUUACAACCAUGACGACCUAUUUUGGGGUAUACCCUGUACAACGCUAAAAACAGAAUCUUCCUGGGCGGAUUUUACUUGUGAUCAUCCGGAGUAUGGUCGAUAUGUGUCUAUAUUUAGCUAUGGCCGUCCAGUAGAUGUUUGCGAAUUUCAAAUAUACGCUUGCUCUAAUUAUACAUAUGGCGACACUAACUGCCAUGGAAGGUGUUCUUGUUAUGAUGAAAAUGAAAUUUGCCAUUCUCUAUACGGUACUUGUAAGUCGGGUUGUGUAGCCGGUCUAACAGGUCCAGGUUGCAAACAAGCAUGUGUCAUGUCGUAUGGAAGUAACUGUGUACAUUCUUGUGGACAUUGUUAUGAAAGAAGAGCAUGUGACAAAGUAACAGGGGCAUGCCCAUCUGGUUGUGAACCAGGGUGGAAUGGAGUCAAAUGUGACGAAGAAUGCCCGACGGCUUCCUAUGGAUUCCUGUGUAGAGCUACAUGUGGACAUUGUAAAGAUGAUGCUACAUGCGAUCACGUAACUGGAACUUGCCCAAAUGGUUGCAGUGCUGGGUGGUUUGGUAGAACAUGUGACCAUGUUUGUAAUAUUGGUAGUUAUGGUGAAGAUUGUAAAUUUAAUUGUUCUAACUGUGAGCAUGGUUCCUGCAACAGAUUAUCAGGAAUUUGUACUUCUGGAUGUAAACCUGGGUGGGAAGGUGCUUUCUGUAAUCAAGCAUGUUUGAAGGGAAGUUAUGGGAAGAAUUGUCUAGAAUCGUGUGGUCGGUGUGAGACGUCUCCUUGUGACCGAGCUUCUGGUAUGUGUGAUGAAAAGGGUUGCGAACCAGGUUACUAUGGUGCCAACUGUUUACAUGAGUGUCCAGCUGGUCUAUAUGGUUCUAAUUGCGGUUAUUCUUGUGGACAUUGUUCUGAUGGUGAGAGUUGUGAUCCAAGAACAGGAACAUGUCCUGAAGAUUGUGUACCUGGAUGGACGGGAGUACUUUGUAUUGAGAAAUGUCCGUAUGGAACAUUUGGUGCUGAAUGUAAUAUGACGUGUGGUGUUUGUAACGAGCGUGAGACUUGUGAUCAUAAGACUGGGUUGUGUGACAAAGGGUGUGCAGAAGGUUUCCAUGGUGAUUUAUGCCAAGACAUUUCUGCAUCAAGUUUGAAAGGUGACGUUUCUAAUUCCUUGUUAUCAACCUUAGGGGCUAUAAUUGGAAUUGGCGUUAUCCUGUUCCUGGCAUUAUUAAUGUCUUGUAUUGUCAUCAAGUGGCGACGAGAAUAUGCAUUCGAGGAUUACGACCAUAGAGCCAAAAGAAAACUUUUAUUAAAUGCCGAAGCUUUGUAAAUAAAUUUAUUAAUAACAAUAAAAUAUAGAUUU